CUGAAAGCAAAGAGCAGCCAUGGCCAACGAGGUAUUUAACGCGCUAGACGCUGCUAAAACACAGUGGUACCAUUUCACUGCCAUUAUCAUUGCCGGAAUGGGAUUUUUCACAGACGCAUACGACCUGUUUUGCAUAUCACUCGUCACCAAAAUGCUUGGCCGUAUUUACUACCACGUUGAAGGCUCGCCCAAUCCAGGAACACUCCCGCCAGAAGUAUCCGCUGCUGUAAAUGGCGUUGCCUUUGUUGGAACGUUAAGCGGGCAGCUCUUCUUUGGUUGGCUCGGUGACAAGUUGGGACGAAAGAAAGUCUACGGCGUGACACUCAUGAUCAUGGUGAUCUGCUCCAUUUGCUCUGGCCUUUCCUUUAGUCAUGACCCCAAGACUGUCAUGGCAACGCUCUGCUUCUUCAGAUUCUGGCUAGGCUUUGGCAUUGGUGGAGACUACCCUCUUUCAGCUACGAUCAUGUCAGAGUACUCCAACAAGAAAACUCGAGGAGCCUUCAUCGCUGCGGUCUUUGCUAUGCAAGGCUUGGGAAUUUCAGCUGGUGGGCUGUUUGCCAUUGCAUUGUCAACUCUAUUUGAAAUCAAAUUCAAAGCUCCAGCAUAUGAAGUUGAUCCGGUUGGUUCGACUGUCCCCCAAGCUGACUACUUAUGGAGGAUUGUUUUAAUGGCUGGGGCCUUACCUGCUGCUAUAACCUUUUACUGGAGGUUGAAGAUGCCUGAAACUGCUCGUUACACUGCCCUGGUUGCGCAGAAUGUAACGCAGGCGGCUUCUGAUAUGUCAAAGGUUCUCAAGGUCGACAUUGAAGCUGGACCAGUGAGGGUUAAUGAGCCAACUAGUCAAUAUGGCUUUUUCUCUAAGGAGUUCCUUUUUCGACAUGGGCUUCACUUGCUUGGAACCACAAGUACUUGGUUCUUGCUCGACAUAGCAUUUUACAGCCAAAAUUUGUUCCAAAAGGACAUCUUCAGCGCCAUUGGAUGGAUUCCUCCAGCAAAGACUAUGAAUGCCAUUGGAGAAGUACACAAAAUAGCAAGAGCUCAGACACUCAUUGCGAUGUGUAGUACAGUCCCUGGUUACUGGUUUACUGUUGCAUUCAUCGACAAAAUGGGGCGAUUUGCAAUUCAGUUGAUGGGCUUCUCCUUCAUGACAGUGUUUAUGUUUGCACUCGCCAUUCCUUAUGAUUACUGGACUCAAAAGGAUCACCUUAUUGGGUUUGUAAUUCUGUAUUCUCUGACUUUCUUCUUUGCAAAUUUUGGACCUAACUCAACCACAUUUGUUGUCCCGGCUGAGAUUUUCCCAGCCAGAUUCCGGUCCACCUGCCAUGGCAUCUCUGCUGCAUCAGGAAAGCUUGGGGCGAUUGUGGGCGCAUUUGGGUUCCUCUACUUGGCUCAGAACCAAGACAAGGCCAAGGCAGAUGCAGGGUUUCCAGCAGGUAUUGGGGUCAAGAAUUCUCUUCUGGUUUUAGGUGGCAUCAACCUCUUGGGUGUCAUUUUCACCUUUUUCGUCCCUGAAUCAAAAGGGAAAUCUCUGGAGGAGAUGUCAGGAGAAAGCAAGGAAGAAAACAACUAA